GGGUCUAAAGCAUAAUUACCUCCAAUUUUUCCCAUCUUUGUGCCUGUUUCUACCAUUUAUUUGGCUUUGAUUAAAAAUAGCUGUCUUGUAGCUUGUUUAAAAAUCUUCCUAGUGGCAAUGGCUCAGGUGCAACUGGUAGAUGGAUGUGCAGUGCUGGAGACGUGUGUGGAGCCAAGGGGUGAACAAAGGCAUGGAGAGGUGUGUGGAGCUGCUGGGAUCAUGCUGUUGUGGUCUGGGCAGCACUGGGCAAUACGCUGAGUAAGCAUGAAACCAUUUCUCUCUCUGUUGUCUUAGUGAUGUCCCAUCCACAUUUCUACCCUUCAAGCUCCCCUGCCCUUCCUGAAGGUUUUCCCUUCACAGCAGGGCACUGCUGAGGUACUGCUGCCUGAGUGGAGAGCCUUUAUCAGCCUCUUGGCCCCAGCAUUUGGUCACAAGGUUUCCCGGAAUAGAACAGCUGAGACUUGAGCUGUGCCCAGCCUGAGCCAAAGCGAGGGGUGUGAUGUGUUCCCCCUCCCUGUGGAACGCCCUGGGCUGGCAGGCAGGCAGACUCUCGGCCCAAACACAGGCUGCUGGUGGGGCUGUGCCUCAGAGCCUGGCUGGGGUGCACCAGCAGGUCCUGUCCUGGUCUCUGAGGAGAGCCUGGUUGGGUGUUAUGGGCAGCAUCACGGGUGGAGGAGACGAGAGCCAGGAGCCCAUCCGCACACAGCAGGCACACGGCCCUGCCCAGGUGUUCUGGCAGGCCCUGCUGGCUGGGGACCAGGGCACUGUAGCCAAGAUCCUCAGUGAUCCUGAGAACAACCUGAGCCCCAGUGCUGUGUUUGACACCAGUGACCUGGAAGAGUGGAAGAACUACCGCUUCAACCCCCGCGGGCUGAGACUGUGGUCGCUGAGCUACGAGCAGGAGCUGACCACGCCGCUGCACAUCACGGCGGGCCGGGGCUACACGGCCUGCGUGCGGCUGCUGCUGCUCCGCGGCGCGGCCGUGGACCUGGCGCCGGGGGGCAGGACCGCGCUGCACGAGGCGUGCGCGGCCGCCCGCGCCGGCUGCGUGCGCCUGCUGCUCGGCGCCGGAGCCGACCCCGAGGCUGUCUCCGAGGAUGGCUGCCGGCCGCUGCACCUCUGCAAGAGCUCCGACUCCAUCGAGUGUGUCCGGCAGCUGCUGCAGCAUGGUGCCAGUGUGAACAGUCAGACGGAGGAGGAGAUGGACACAGCACUGCAUGUGGCAUCACGGCACGGCCUGGCAGAGCAUGUCCAGCUGCUUCUGCACCACGGGGCUGAAUUGGAGGUGAGGAACAAGGAGGGGCAAACACCGCUGAAUGCUGCCUGUGCUCAGCCCCAUCAGCCCCAGGACAUGGACCGCUACUACCGGGUCUGCCAGCUGCUGGUGCAGAGCGGUGCCAGGAUCAACGCCGAGGACCGGGACCGGCAGCACCCGCUGCACCUGGCCUGCAAGAAUGCCAACGCUCAGAUCGCAGAGUUACUGCUGGCCCGGGGCGCCAAUGUCAAUGUCAUGAACUACGGCGGCAACACGGCCCUGCACAACAUCCUGCAAGUGGCUGCCUACAAGCGGGAGCAUCGCCCAGAGCUGGUGGUGCGAGCGCUGCUCAACCACGGAGCCGUCCGCAUCUGGCCGGGCUCCCUCCUCAAGGUGCUGCGGUGCUGCCACAGCUGCCCGCGUGUCAUCGAGGCGCUGGUGAACAGCUACAGCCACGUGCGCGUCUCCGAGGACUGGCUGGCAGCGGUUCCAGCAGAGGUGGUACAGAAAUACCCAUGUUUCUACCAGUCGCUUUUCUCCCUGGGGCACAGACCUCGCUCCUUGCAGCACCUGGCUCGCUGCACACUCAGGGCCCUCCUGGAGGGCCGCCUGCUUCUGGUCCUGUCCCAGCUACAUCUGCCAAGUGCCCUGCACCAGUUCCUGCUGCUCGCCUUCGAGGACGUUCUCUACUAGGGGUGGCAGCUGCAGUCCUGCUGUGCCUCUCUGUGCAGGUGCUCCACCUCUGCCAAUGCGGUCUGUGCUCUUGCAGCUGCCCCCUUCCCCUCGCCCCACUCCUGCCUGGCCACAUCAGCCCCCUGUGCCAAGCCUGCUGCCAUGCCCCAGUCCCAAGCAGCCUUGUGCUCUGCAUCAUGCACCUGUUUUGGAGUGUUCUGUUUGUCCAUACUAAUCCAGACAGACUCCAGACUAACAAAAGGAGCUAUGGGAAUUAGGGAAUUUUGUGGUACAAGGAGCAAAGACACUGCAUGGAUCACAGGCUUAGUAGUAGAAUACCAGUUUCCCUAUCCCAAAUCCAAAUACUCUAGCCUAUACGAGGCAACUCUGAUGCCCUGGAUGAUUGCUGUGGUCCUGUCUUUGGUCAGGUUUCUUGGUCUGUACCCAAAGGUGUUUGGAAUAAAUCCUGUUCUUUAUACCCA